AGGCCAGUGCUUUUGCACCUACAGUUGCUGGAAUUCUGCAAGGUUGUAAUACUGAAAUUGUACUGCAUUACAAAGUUACAAAUAUACCCACUAAGUUCCUAGCAGUAAUAUCGCAGAGAUGUAAUAUCCCCCAGUGACAGGCAUAUACACGGAAACCUUGCUUUACCCCUCAUUACAAACACCACCUGACAAUGAAGCCCACGUUUAUACAAUCCUGAUUUGGUCCUAUUGAGAGCAAUGGAAAGCCAUCCCUAAAGUGAGUAUUAAAGCCACCAUCGGCUGACCCACACAUAGGGACAUGUGUUAAGAUAGCUCUCUAAUUAGACCAACCUGCUAUAACAAGCAUUUUAUUAAACAAACCCUCUGAAAACAUGAAUGCAACAGGAUGUCCGUUUUUAUACAGAAACAAUCUAUUACAUUAGAAUUAGAACAGUUCAAAAUAAAUAACACCAAUAAUUCUUAAGCUGUUCAAUAACCAGUUAAAAUGCUUUGGUAUUAAUUUGUUACAGAAACCCUAUUAGUAAAGCUAACCCACAUUAAGGCCAGAUUGUGUUCGUCCCAUGACUUAAUAAAAAGUUUCUCUGUAGUGAAGUCACUCCUGUUUACAUACAAAUAAUUUAUUUCUUAGCAGACGCCCUUAUCCAGGGCGACUUACAAGAUAUCACAUUAUUUUUACAUACAAUUCCCCAUUUAUACAGUUGGGUUUUUUACUGGAGCUAUCUAGGUAAAGUACCUUGCUCAAGGGUACAGCAGCAGUGUCCCCACCGGGGAUUGAACCCACAACCCUCCAGUCAAGAGUCCAGAGCCCUAACCACUACUCCACACUGCUGCCCACUACAUACCCGAUACAUCUGUGUCUGGAUUAUACUGCCCUCUGGCCUGGAUUAACAUCAAACCUGCCUGUUCAUCGUUACACUAAGAGAUUAUAUAUGAUGUCAAUCAUAACCUUCUACGGUGCCAAGUAAUAACAGGAGCAUAGCUUGCUUGGGAAGCAGGUUUCUUUUGUGUCCAAGCAGCUGACACAGGAAGGCGGCGACAGAUCACAACAUUGACAACACCACAGCAGUCUUGAGGGAAUGGCUGACAGUCAUGCAGAUAUACUAUCACAAUGUGGAGUGGAGACCCAUGGACCAGCCCACGUCCUACCCGGGAGAGAUGGGGCCCAAGCACUGGACCAACGGCAGAUACGAGUACCUCAUGAAACUCAAACAGGCAGCACUCAACUACGCCAAGAGACAGUGGGCUGAUUACAUCAUGUAUGUUGACACAGACAACAUCCUGAUGAACCCACAGACCCUGAGUCUGAUGAUCGCUGAGAACAAGUCUGUGGUGGCGCCCAUGCUGGACUCUCAGACCGCCUACUCCAACUACUGGUGUGGCAUCACCCCCCAGGGUUAUUACCGUCGCACGGCAGAGUACUUCCCUACCAAACACCGGCAUCGCCGUGGCUGCUAUCCCGUUCCCAUGGUGCACUCCACUUUCCUGCUGGACUUGCGCAAGGAAGGGGUUAAGAAGCUGGCCUUCCACCCUCCCCACCCUGACUACUCCUGGCCCUUCGAUGACAUCAUCGCCUUCGCCUUCUCCUGCCGCGUCUCAGGUGUGCAGAUGUACCUGUGUAACAAGCAGCGCUACGGCUACCUGAAUGUGCCGGCAAAGCCACACCAAACCAACGAGGAUGAUCGGGGCAACUUCGUGCACCUGCAGCUGGAGGCCAUGAUUGAUGGACCACCCAUGUACCCCUCCAAGCAUGUUUUCCUGCCUCCCCGUCACCCAGACAAGAUGGGAUUGGAUGAGGUGUACCUGAUUAACCUGCGCAGGCGACCGGACCGCAGGGACAGAAUGGUGAGGACACUCUAUGAGCAGGACAUUGACGUUAAAGUGAUGGACGCAGUGGACGGAGGAGCUCUGAAUAGCAGUGAUAUUAAGCAGCUGGGGGUGGACCUGCUGCCUGGGUACUAUGACCCCUUCUCAGGCCGGACCCUCACUAAGGGGGAGGUGGGCUGCUUCCUCAGCCACUACAACAUCUGGAAGGAGAUGGUGGACCUGCAGCUGGAACGGGCCGUGGUGUUUGAGGACGACGUCCGUUUCCAAGGCAACUUCAAGAAGAGGCUCUUGAGGCUGAUGGAGGAGAUUGACCUGGUGGAGCUAGACUGGGACCUCAUAUACCUGGGUCGGAAGCAGGUGAACCCCACUCAGGAACAGCCAGUGGAAAACGUACGGAACCUGGUGGAGGCGGGCUACUCCUACUGGACCCUGUCCUACGUGAUCUCACUGCAGGGCGCAACGAAACUCCUCAACGCAGAGCCGCUCUCCAAGAUGGUACCCAUCGAUGAGUUCCUGCCCCUCAUGUACGACAAACACCCCAAUGAGAAGUACAAGCAGCAUUUCCCGAACCGGAACCUGCAGGUGUUCUCGACACACCCCCUGCUGGUGUUCCCCUGUCACUACGCCGGGGACCCGGAGUGGGUGAGCGACACUGAGACCUCCACGCUGUGGGACGAUGACUCUGUGCGGACAGACUGGCGUGGCUCUCACAAGACCCUCAAGGGCUCCAGCAGCAGUGCAGGACUGCAGAGCCCCAUCUCACGAGACGAGCUCUAGCAGCGGAGCCCAGCAGUUGAGGUAUCUUGCAUGAAGCGGCUGGAUGUGUCCCAGGAGAUUCCAGAGACUGCUGCCUGGUCAGGACACCCCCUCCCUGCAUCUCAGCCCCCCGCCGAGACACAGCCCCGGGGCUCCCCCAGCCAGGCAGGACCGAACAGGGCUGCUCCGGUAGCGCAAGAGACUGAACUAUUACUAAUGAGUUUUUAGAAUUCAAAUUUUAUUUAAUUAGGAUACCAGCCCAUCACUUUACCACUGCGACCGCAUGUCCUCUGUGUCAAGAGUUUGAAACUGCACCUGUGGUAUUGUCUCUUCAUACGAUUAUUUGUUGUAUCAACACUUCUACUGUGUAUUUAAACCUUAUUUUGCCUGGUUAACUUUCAUUGUCUCUGUG